AAAUGGCCGACGUGAGGGGGGAUUGCAAAGCUGUGAAACAAGUUGAUAUUUCAGUCGCUAGACAACGAUGGUUAAUGCUAGGGGAUGUUUUGAGAGGCAGAAAGUCGAGAGAUAUUAACAGCUCGUCAGUAUCAGUGAGGAGAUUCUCUAGUUUUGGUCUACUUGAAGUAACCCCAUCUGUUCAGGAAAAUGGUGAUGAUGGAAAAGAGGCAGACAAAGAAUGCUUAUGGCUUCAUUACAAAUGCCCAAGCUGUGAAAGAUUGAAUAUAGAUAUACGGAGUUACACAGGAUCAUUUAAGCUUGGAGAUAUGAUUGGUUUUAAUAACACAGGGAAUGUAUGUGUGUGGCCCUCAGAAGAAGUGCUAACUUACUAUUGUUUGAAACACAGACAUAGAUUUAAGAACAAAUUUGUUUGUGAACUGGGAGGAGGGAUGUCAUGUCUGGCAGGAGUAGCACUGGCCUGUGUGUCUGAUGCCCAGCAUGUGCUGCUGACAGAUGGCAACCAGCAAUCAGUGGACAGUGUGGAGAAAAUCAUUAAGAAGAAUUCCACCAAAUUUGGUUCCACCAUUGUAAAAUCUGAAGUACUAUUAUGGAAUAAGGAUGGUAACUUUGGAAACUUGACAGAAUCUUUUGAUUUUAUCAUCUGUGCAGACUGCUUCUUUUUUGACCAGUACAGAGAAGAUCUUGCUCACACUAUUUUCAAACUUUUAAAGGAUCAGGGCGAGGCAAUCAUAUUUGCCCCAAGGAGAGGCAGCAGUUUUCAGGCCUUCAAAGACAUCGCAGAAUCAUUAUUUGAAAUGACUGAAACAGAAAAUUAUGAUAGUUUAAUAUGGAGAAAACACACAAAGAUGAAAACAAAUCCCGACGUUUAUGAUGAAAAUAUCCACUACCCCUUGUUGCUGCAUUUAGUGAAGAAGACAUGAGCAGGUGGUUCUGUAGAAACGAGGGUUGUAACCGGUGCUAUAUUCUCUACCUCAUGGAGUGACUUAAGUUAAUAAGACUGGGCCAUUUGAAGUGACUGACAUUGGAUAGGAAAUAACUUAAAAAAAAACACAUUUCAAGGUUUGAGUUAAAAUAUGCAAACAAAUAUGUGCAAACCAAAUAUCUGUUUUAUUUUCAUUAUUUUUUCAUUAAAAUUGUCUUCAGAAUACGUUCAAAUAAUUUACUUGAAUUGAGUUAAGUGCAUUACGUCACACUGUGUAAAUAAAGUUAAAUUAUGUUCUUUUGGAUGUUUUUUGUCCAACAAAUUGGAUUUAAUAUGUCUUUAAAAUGAGUACAGUUCGUCUAUCUUCGUUCAUCCAGGUGUAUUGUACACCAAGAAAUGUCAAUAAAGCUGCAUAAAUUUA